AGUUUUAAUGACAACUGAAGGUUACCACAGGUUCUCUUUCAUUUCAGGGUGAGGUGAGGGGUAUUCAGCUGUUACAUGACACUUCACCACUAGAUGUCACUAAAUCCUACACACUGAACCUUUUAAUUGAAGGUGUAAAACCAGGGUUGGGAUGCUAACAUGCUCAAGGCUAAUCUGAGCUGUCGAGUUACAAAUGAAACAAAUGGUUAAUUUUUAGAAUAUUCUCCCACUUUCUUAAGAAAACACCCUCUACAAUUGUAGCUACAUUCGGAGAGGACGGGUGUGUAUCAGGUCUGAGUGAUCUGAGUGCUUUGUGUGUGAAGUCCUGCUGAGGUUUAUACUGUCGGUGCUUGUUUAUCACAUGUCCCAAAUACUACUGUGUAUUUAUACCAUGAAGUUUACACCAUGUCCGAAUGAGAAGAUGCAAGAGAAGAUUGUACUUUAUUGUUUUUUGGCUGUUUGGGAAUCACAGGAUGUUUUGACAGUUUACUGGUCAACACCUACUUUACUUUUAAUCAUGAAAGUAAAUAGGAGUCGCCUCAGGCCCUUGUACAGCCUGCGGCUCUUUGAGUCUUUGGUCAGAUCCCAAAUAGUAGAAACACAAAGCAGCAAUGACACAUGUGACCUUUUAUACCUUUUUAUACAUUUUUAUCACAUAAUAAAAAUGUGAAAACAAAUGUACAAUACAUUUUGCAAGACCACCGGUACAGUCCUGUAAUGACUCUUGAUUAAAUAUGAGAACUGACAUGCUACCUGAUUUGUGAACGUGCUUCAUAUCAAUUGUCUUUAAUCAUAUUGGUUAACUAAUUUAAAAUCUAUUCAGUGUAUGUGGCUACAAGCUGCUUCCUUUUUAUUAUGUGACUGUAGUAUCAAACUGUGACUCAUGAAUAAUUGGUGGGUUUUAUUGGAAGGGUUAAAAGGGAAAGGACAAUGCAGCGCUGAGUAUCUCCUAUCAGCGUUUCCACAGCAACGCAUAUUAAAUUACGUGGAGGCUUUCAGGAGGUGGACUUUAAACAGAGGCGGAGGGACAGGUGACGGAGGCUCCGGUCAACUCACUGCUUCCUGAACAGAAACCAAGGAACCGCAGAAAUGGCGAAGUUCUUCACACCAGUACAAAUCAACGAAUUCAAGGAGUGCUUCUCCCUGUACGACAAGAAGCAGAAGGGCAAGAUCGAUGCCAAAGAGCUCAUCACAGUUAUGCGCUGCCUCGGCACAAGUCCCACAUUCGGUGAAAUUGAAAGGCACCUGCAAGUUCACAAAAUUGCAAAGUCCGGUGAGCUGGACUUCUCUUCCUUCCUGACGAUGAUGCACAGACAGAUACAACAGGAAGACCCCAAGUCAGAGAUCCUGGAGGCCUUGAGGAUGACGGACAAGCAGAAGAAAGGAUACAUCCAGGCGUCUGAGCUGCGGGCCAAGCUCACCAUCUUGGGAGAGAAGCUCACGGACAAAGAAGUGGACGAGCUCUUCAAAGAAGCAAACGUCAAGUCGAACGGGACAGUGAAUUACGAAGAGUUCACCAAGAUGGUGACGCUGCCUCCUGUUGAUUAUUGAUUUCACUGACGGGGGGGAGACGACACACUGGAUUAAAUCUACAUGUUUAGUGCAGCAGUUGUGUGCUGGCAGAUUUGAGCCUGAUAAUAAUCUUCACUUUGUUUUUUUGCCUCAUGAUUAUUCGCUGAUUAUUUAUUUAAAUGCAGAAUCUAUUUCCUGUAACUCUUUUCCAUCAGUUUCCUCGAUGACUGAACUCUUUGUGAAGCACUGCCGUUGUCCUGGAUCCUGACGAACGUGAUACGAUCUGAACUCUUGUUCUUUGAAGGAAUUAAGUACCAUUAAAAAACAUUAAAUUCUCAGUAAACCCUUUGUCAAGUGUGACAGUCCAGCUAAACUCAAUGAUUUUAAUUCAAUGAACAGUUUGAUGCUUUGUAUAUUUACUUGUGAACGCUUGUUGUGUGCUAGUGUCAUGAUAUAGUUUUUCUUAAUGCGGCGCAGGUAACUUUACACACAUCUGCAUUAAAUUACUUCUGUGGAAUUAGAAAAUGUUUAGUUUUUUAUAUAUUUAUAGACUUAAUUCAUGUAUUCUUGAGGACCACGGGUAUAAAUGUAUCUGUUUCCAUAAGUGUUAUUUAGUCGUAUUUGACACAUUUUAUAUAUAUAUCUAUAUGUAAUAACAUUUUAUUGAUUAAUAAACAAAUAACAGUUGCUCCAAAA